GUAGCAGCCGCGGGACGGCGCCUUUGCGCGGUGUUCAUGACGUCGGUCGGUCUUCACGCGACAGUUACUUUGAUUUUAUAGACUGGUCAUACUGAUCGCUAUGACCGGAUAACUUGUCGCCCGACCGGCUCGUGCCGUAUGUCGUAUGAACUUGUUAUUAAUAUUUUUAUCAGACGGUAUCCGGAUCGCACCCGUGACGCGUGCGACGAUUUGCCAACGUGCUCGUGCAGGUUGGAACAGACACACGAGCGCGCGCACGGUAAACAAUAAACAAUAACGGCGAGCGCAGUUGUGCUUUGGUCACAGUCGCAGUGUUCUCGUGUCUCCACUUUUCGUCUUCUCCUCGGCCGGCGGUCGAAUAUCCGAUCGUGUCUGCCCUAUUGAUUUUAAUCGAUUAACUGUUGCGUAAUACGCCGUCGACGAUGUCUGCCGCGGUGAAAAUAGGAAACCAUCGGCAGAGCAGACCGGUCCGGAGGCCGAGUCACAACGGUCGCGACGACGUCGAAUUGACCAUGCGGAUUCUGUUCAACGGCCGGGAAGUUGGAAGUGUAAUUGGCAAAGGAGGCGAAACUAUAAAAAAUAUAAGAAACCUGUCUGGUGCUAGAGUUAUAAUCUCUAAUGCUUCAACUCCAGAACGUAUUGUUCUUAUCAAUGGAAAUAGAGUUACAAUUUGUAAAGCUACUGAACUUAUUGGUCAAAAAGUUGAUGAAUUUUUUGAGAGACAAAAUAGUGAAUGGAAUGGCCCAAAAUCACCUUUGACACUUAAGCUAAUUGUGCCAGCAUCUCAAUGUGGUUUCAUAAUUGGCAAAGGAGGAAAUAAAAUAAAAGAAAUCAGAGAAUCAAGUGGAGCUGCCAUAUUAGUAGCAUCGGAGAUGUUAUCUAAUUCAACUGAACGUCUAGUUUCAAUUACUGGUACUACAAGCACAAUAUCUCAUUGUGUUUAUCUAAUCUGCAAUGUACUGAUAGAUUCCCCGCCUCGUAUUGCAUCAAUCCCUUAUCAUCCAUGUAGUGUGAAUUCAGGACUUGCUACUUCUACAGUUAAUAAAGAUUAUGGAAAAGAACACAAUAUUCCUUUUACUAACAUUGCAACUCUUGGGUUAGGAACUUCGUCAACUGAAGGUAUCAAUCAAGCUGCCUUGGCUGCAUUAGCUGGAAGUCAGUUAAGAACAGCUAAUCGUCAAAACCAAAAUGUUAGUGGAGAACAUAAAAAACAAAAUGCCAAAUCAAAUAUUGAGACAAUAUCAAUGACUGUACCUAAUGACUUAAUUGGGUGCGUUAUUGGUAAAAGAGGAAGUAAAAUUGCAGACAUUCGACAAAUAAGUGGUGCUAUUGUACAUAUAUUUAAAUUUGAAGGAAAUAAUGAAAGUAAAGAGAUUGUAGAUCGCCGUAUAAAUAUUACAGGAAACAAAAAAUCUAUUUCAGUUGCCAAGUACUUAAUUGAAAUGAGUGUGGAACUGCAAAAAGCCAAUCUUGAGGAUAUAAAAUCACCCUCUAGUCCUGACAAUGGUUCCAGUUCAACUGCCUCCACUCCAACUGUGGCUCCUCAACUAUUUGCCAAGCCAGAUUCCAUUAAUACCAUAUCUAGCUUAUAUGCUUAUAUAGCCUUAUCCAGUGGUGCCAAACAAUCCUCUCCAGUACAGACCACAGGUGUCCAUCGCCCAAAAAAUUCUUUAAAAAGGAAGCGUAGUCCUUCAGGCGAAAGAAUCAAUGCAGAAAGAACAAAGUUUGCUCAUUACUGAAUGCCAAUUGAUUCCAAAUCCGCAAAUAAUUGCUGUUCAUACUCAUUUUGAUUUAUUUAUUUUUAAGUAGUUUUUUCAUUUUGUUAUUUAAUUAUUUUUAAAAAAAAAGGUUUUAAUUUUUGAGUGAAUAAAAUUCUAAAAAGCCAUUUUAUUUAAAUUUAAAAAGAUAUUUUAUUUUAUUUAUGGUUAUGUUCAAAACAAAAUCUAUGUACCUAACAAAUUUCUUGUGUAGGUAAAAUUAAUACAUUUUAACAAUUUAGUAAACCAUUUUUAUCUAUUACAUUUUAUUGUUUCCAAUUAAUAAUAUUUCACUUUUUAGUUUCCAAUCAGUACUUAGUUUUAAGUUCUUGCAUUAUAUUGUUGUAGGUAGUUCUUAUUGAUAAUAAGUAUUGUAUUCCUUAUUUUACUUCUUAAUUUUUAACAUAUUAAUAUGAAAUCCAAUAAAUAAAAUUUGCCCUGUUUA